AUGGAUUCCGUUCUUGUCACGGCCGCUGACUUCAACGAGGACAAGUACAAACUCUUGCAGCUGAACCCCGAGACCGAGCAAGCCAUCACCACUGGCUGCAAGGUGUUCAUUGUUGGGGCACCGGACGCUCGAGCCGUUCUGUGCACCGAGGAUAAAUCGUACUAUAUCACCAAGGAGGACACCUCGAAUUUACGCCUUCUUACGACCCACACAGACUGGAGCGGAUUUGAGAAGACGGCAAUUGACAAGAGGACGAUUCAAGUUGCGGGAGCUGCUCGGUUCCAUUACCUGCUUGAGCACAAGUCUCCUGAUGUGACCCAGCUCCGGGCUUUAUUGCUGGAAGCACCGUACGAAAAGCCCCGGCGUGACACUGCAGGGUCUCAAGUGAAGCGAGCAAAGCUGCAUAAGCUGUACUCGACAAGAGACUUAGUGGAUGCGUUGCAAGUGAGUGAGCACGAGGUGCUGACGAUGCUGGACGAGAUGCACGCUUUUGAGGAAGCACGUGCAUGGCGUGUGUUGAAUCCAGAGUACCAGACUCAAGUGUUUGCAGACAUGCUGGAUGCCAUCGUUCAACAUGAUUUGGAUGCGUUAUCGGAGCCAGGUGUUCCUAUGACAUGGUUCCUGAAUGAGCUGGCCGAGCCGCUGGUGGCAAUCCGUCAGUGUUGCAAGCUCUACGGUCGGCUGACGUUGGUGAACGGAGAGGAUCAUUGCACUUUGGAUCCAGUUAAGGUUGCUACAUUCCGAGCCAAGUUGCUGUUCGACGAGCAGGUCGAAGAGGCGAAGUUUCAAGCCAAGCAGGAGCAUGUGGCGUUCACAGACGCGGACGUGGGCUGGGAACUGGAUCUGUUUAUGGAAAAGUGGAAGCUUCGUGUGCCUGACAGCGUGUCUGUUAACUUGGAGAUGCUAAGCGGUCUGGUACUGGUUCAGCAUCAAGCAACGGGGAAGCCCACUCGGAUUGUGUACUUCCCUGAACAGGAACUGUCCCCGGAGCCGAAGAAGCGGUUCGAGCAAUUGUUUCAGAUGCAGGAGAAGUGGACGAUCAAGCAGCUGGAGCCGUUUAUCAAAUCGCUGGUCACUCCCAGCGCAACUCAAGCGUCGCUGCUACUCAAGCACACGCGCUCCUCGCGUCAAAGUGGAACGACUGAGAAGCUGUAUAGCCGGCGGUAA